UCCCUGCUCAGCCUGCGGCCGAUUCAAAUUGAAAGAGGUGGGGAUUGGCUGAACUGGGCCAGAGAGAGGAAGUCACGCCGUGAUAGGCAGAAGUUAUGUGACUAGCAGGCGGAGGCCCCGUGUCCAAUUUCCAUUGAGAAACGCUGUUUAGGCUGAGGAAUCGUAAGGCUGGGAGGAGCGGUCAUGUACGGAGAUAUCGUAGUCUCGGGUGGGAAGUAGGAUUUGUGUGAAGAGCACUUGUGAGCUGAGGCUGCAAGGCAGAGUUGGCCCCCGUGAGUAGAAUUAAAAAUUAAUUGGCCAGUGGCUCAAGGGCAAAAGCACUAGGUAUCCUCAGGAGGCCGGGUUUCGGUAAUCGAACUCCCUAAACCACCAAUAAAAUAGCUGAAUUUAACGGCGUUUAAUAGUCGUAAUACUGACGAUUGAAGGACAGAACGAUUUUCCAAUGGAAGUGAAUAAAGGCAGGUGGGCGGAGCGCUCUGUAGCGACAGACCAAUGAUCAGGCCAAUUCCAGCAAAUAGGCGUGUCCUUUAGCUGAGCGACACAUCACAAGAACCAGUGAUCGACGUGAUGCCUGAGCCGCGGCCAACCAGGAGGGCACGUUCCCCGGGAGAAGGUCUGGGAGGCGGGAAAAGGGGAAGUGGGCGGAUCUCCGCACGCCCCGGCGGAAGAGGCAGAUUCAGGAAGCCAUUACGCAGCUGGCUGGCAGCGGCCGGGCCGGUCGGGGCUGGGCCCUACGCACUUUGCGUAGCGAGGGGGGUUACCAAAGGCCUGGUGCUUGGCCUUGGGCAAGCCCGGCCUAUCCCCUGUAGGGGGGUGGGUGAGAGGCGAGGUUGAGGAAGAAGAGAAGGGGAAUUGGGGCGGCUGGGGGGAUUAUAAUUUCUUUAAAAAGGGAGGGUGGGGAGAGGCCAUGGCCGUCCCAGCCAAGAAGAGGAAGAUGAACUUCUCUGAGCGAGAGGUGGAAAUCAUCGUAGAGGAGCUGGAACUGAAGAAGCACCUGCUGGUGAACCACUUCAACGCCGGGGUCCCUCUGGCUGCCAAGAGUGCGGCCUGGCACGGCAUCUUAAGAAGGGUCAACGCGGUGGCCACCUGCCGCAGGGAGCUGCCUGAGGUCAAGAAGAAGUGGUCUGACCUCAAGACCGAGGUCCGUCGCAAGGUUGCCCAGGUCCGGGCAGCGGUGGAGGGUGGCGAGGCCCCAGGGCCCACUGAGGAGGAUGGAGCCGGUGGGCCUGGGACAGGUGGUGGCAGUGGCGGCGGUGGCCCAGCUGUAGCCCCCGUCCUGCUCACCCCCAUGCAACAGCGCAUCUGCAACCUGCUGGGCGAGGCUACCAUCAUCAGCUUGCCCAGUACCACAGAGAUCCACCCCGUGGCCCUUGGACCCACAGCCACUGCAGCCGCAGCCACGGUCACCCUGACACAGAUCCCCACGGAGACCACCUAUCACACGCUGGAGGAGGGAGUGGUGGAGUACUGUACCGCUGAGGCGCCCCCACCCCUGCCCGCCGAGGCCCCAGUGGAGAUGAUGGCUCAGCACGCUGAUACCUCGGUCAAACCCCAGGCGCUCAAGAGCCGCAUCGCCCUCAACUCCGCCAAGCUGAUCCAGGAGCAGCGAGUUACCAAUCUGCACGUGAAGGAGAUCGCCCAGCACCUGGAGCAGCAGAACGACCUACUGCAGAUGAUCCGCCGCUCCCAGGAGGUCCAGGCCUGCGCCCAGGAGCGCCAGGCCCAGGCCAUGGAGGGCACCCAGGCAGCGCUGAGUGUCCUCAUCCAGGUCCUCCGGCCCAUGAUCAAAGAUUUCCGCCGCUACCUGCAGAGCAACACGCCCAACCCCACUCCCGCCUCUGACCCUGGACAGGUGGCCCAGAACGGGCAGCCCGACAGCAUCAUCCAAUGAGGACGGGGGUGGCGCCAGCCUUCUGCUCUGUUUGGAUGACGUCACUGGUCUUGUACGUGGGUUCUGUGACUGGCCACGUGGACAGCUCUCUCUUUGAUAGACUGUUAGGGAUCCGCAGUUUCGGAGGAGUGAGGGAGACCGAGAAGACCUUGUUGGGCUCCUGGGACCCGCACUCUCUUACCCUCACCACUUGAGCUGCCUGGCUGACAGCCUGAAGAUUGGUUAGGUGGGCGGUGGGCGCUGGUGAGGCUCCACACCUUGUCAUGAGCCAGGGCUUGGGACACGACCCAGACCCUGUCUAGGACAACUGUAAGGGAGGUUCUCACUGGGGGCCGUCUCCCAGCUGGGGUCUGUGCUGAAAUUCUCCCCCCACCCCCAACCCAACCCAGUGUCAUCGUUUGGAAUAAGAUGUCAGUGGUGCUGGCAGUGACACAAUACCUUCUUCCUCCCUAGGGAGGCAGAGUGACUAGGCCUGAAGAGGAAACUCCACCCUUUUCUCCUUUGCACUGUGCCUCAGUUCUCAGGGCAUUCUAGUCAACCUGUGCUCUCCCCACCCCCACCCCAGCCCGGGCCUGACAGGGGCCCCCUUGGUAUAUACCCUGAGCUGCCUCUGCAUUACACCCAGGAUGGGGCCCGCUGGGCUCAGGGAUGCUGGGUGCGGUGGGGACAGCUUGGCCACCGUCUUGUCCUCCACUGCAUCCCUGGGCAGCCCUUUAGUGGUUUGUCCUGACAGCUCUUGACUCAGGUCGGGCAUCAGGCUUUAGGGGCUGUAAAUUCGAGAGAAAACAGACCGGCGUGGAAUCGUGUUGUUCCCCCCCCUCCCCCCACCCGCCCCUGCGGUGAAUCUGAGGUGACCGGUUGGCUUCUUCCAGAAGGCUUGCUUCAAGCCAGCUGUCUUUAUUCUGUACCACGGACCCCUUCUGGGAAAGGGCGGGGGGCAGCUCUGGCCACACCCUUACUCCUUUCCUCUCUACUGACUCCACGAUUCCGAAACUCAUUGUGGGAAAAAGCCUCCUCAGCAUCACGCCCCGGACUCCCUGUCCCAUUAUUCAGCGCCUCGUGUUCCUGCGGGACUCCCACUGCCUGGCUGGGCGAAUCUGAAGGCCUGAUUGGCCCCGAGUGUCUGAGGCGGGAGAGCCAGAGCUGACCUAAGACGCGGGACCUUUGACUUCUGUGCUCGGGGAAGAGCAGACCGACCUCGGAGUGCGGAAGGAGGUAGUGUUCCCUGUUCCGUCUUGACGCUCUGUCACCUUCUGUAGGGAGUUUACCCAGAUGGCAUUUGUCUGUUUCAUUUUCAGAAUCGCCAUCGAUCGCCGAGACGCUCGCAUCUCCCCAGAUCAUUCCCCGGGAUUGCCAUUUUGCUGCCGGUGCCUUGGCCACGCGUGACCAACGGUUGCAACUCGAGGCUCCGGAUCUCAGCUAAACCAUGGAGGUGCUGCGCUUCUGGGCACGUACGUUUGGAAUUGCUUGCUCUGCAGUUGCAAUCACCGGAAGAUGCUCCCAGAGAUGGUCGGGAGGUGACCGCAGUACAGUACGGUCUGCCCCCCCCUGUGGAGCACGGGUGCAGUGUCGGCUACAGAGCAAUGGAGAGGAAUCAGGCUGGUGAGGGGGUGAAUGGCGGAAAGAAAGCUCCGCGGGCUGGAAAGCAGCAGCCCCUGGCAGCCCCGGCACGCUCCCUCCGUGGAGCCCGACAGCCCUGGCCGGGAAGCUGUGGAGACUUCCUGAGGACUUGCCACUUGGUUUGGUUUUUCUCUGGGGUUGGCAACCUGAGCCAGUAUUGGAUCUGUUCCAAUUGGGUAUAAGGAGGAAUCCUGGAUCACUUAAACUGACUGCUUCUUUCCAGGUCAUAAUUUUAAAUUAAAAAAAAAAUGUAUCACUUUUUUUUUUUACACAUAUCCGUGUCUUUAUUGGUUAUAGGUGGAAGAGAUAUGGGCUGGCAGAGAGCAGGGGCUGGCACAGUAUGGCCCAGAGGUCAUAUCUGGCCCACCACCUGUCUUUGUAAAUAAAGUUUUAUUGGACACAGCCACAA